AUGUAUACACUCACCUACCAUCAAGUCAUGCCAGCUUUUUUGGAUUUUAUUUUCCCGUUCGGUCAGCAGAUCUAUACUCGAGAUUUUUUCUUUGGUGGCAUCAGACACGAAAAUCGACUGCUGGAUUCAGAUCUUGGACCCGAUUUACCGAAGCUUAGAAGGUCUGGCCAAGAAAUUCGAGUUUGCUACAGCUUGAAAUCUGUGGAAAAGACUGAUGAACCCGGAGAAAAACACUCUCCCUGGUCCGUUCGUCAGACCGCUACAUACCAUUCAUUUGACGUCGAGACCGGGUCGGCGUUGUGGAUCUCAGUGAAAGGAAACGAUCUGAUCCAAGAUCGUGUUAUGACCGCUACAGAGAAUUUGGGGCCAGACCAGAGGCCAUUUUCCACUAAAGAGCGUGCAUUUGAAGAAGCCAUGUCAAUUCACUUGAUAAACUGUAAAUGGGCCGGUGAGCAAUGGCGUUGGUAUCUGAAUUACCUUGAGGAAGAGCUACAGGGAGGGGCUGGCCGUCGCGCAUUGUCCGCGAAGGUGGUCCGCGAGCGUAGGCCUGAGGAGAAGGAGAAGCUUGAAUUUUUGAGAGCACGAUCGAUGUCCACGAAAGGGACUAGCAAGGGACGUUCGGGCAUGACCACGUUCUGCCAAUCCCCCAAACCUCAACCAAAUCGAACUCGAUCAGCUUCGAGGGAGUCUGGAGCCGAACUUGAUGGCCACAGUCAGUUCUCGUUUGAUGAUUCGCGGGACAUCCAAUCCCUUGAGGAUAAAACGAAUGAAGCAAUUUUCGUCCUAAACGCGAACAUUGAUGUACUUGGAGAAUUGAAAGUCUACUAUCAUGAUUUGGUGGUUUCUCAGGAGCAUGUCAAACUCUUCGCCAGUAACCACAACAGAGUUGUUGAACGCUUUGGAAAGCAGAUUACAAGCAUUAUAAAUGAUCUUCGAAUGCAGAUUACAAGAGCAGGAGCUCUAUUACGAAUGCUUUCAGACCGUAAAGCACUGGUAAGUCUUUACGGUAUUCUGAACUAUCGGAACGCGGCUGCUAGCAUGACUUUUGCUGCCAAGUCGCAGGAAUCGGCCAAUAACAUGGAAAGAAUGACCCGCAAGAUGGAAGAGUUAACAGUAGACAUGAACGAGCUUGCGCAGAAAACAACCCAAGAAACAGUUUCGAUGAGGAUCAUCACACUAGUAACUCUUUUCUUCCUCCCAGGCACCUUCAUUUCGACCAUAAUGAGCACAGAUAUUGUCAGAUUCCAAGGGCCAAAUGGUGGUCCAGGUCCUAAGACCUUUCAAGCGGAAGCUUUGAAGCUUUAUGUAUAUAUCACCUUACCGAUGAUGUUACUCACAUUUGCUGCUUGGUUUUUAAUCUACAAAUUGGAGAGCCGGAAGGCUGACAAAAAGAGGAGGAGAAAGUCGCUCGAAAAACAGACUGCGGAGAACGUUUGA